UCGUUUUUUUUUGUUGAUUGGAUCUCAUGUUUAAUAUCAGUGAAAAAAAUUCGAGCUUCAGAAACGAUGGCGGCCUUUCCUAAUCCCAAUUCUAAUGCUGGACUGAAGAAGCUCGACGAGCAUCUUCUUACACGUUAUUACAUUACAGGGUUAGACACUUAGAAUGUCUUUUUUGAUUUUUAUCACAGAGCCUCAAAGAUGUCUUCUUUUAGUCAAGUUGUCUUACUUUACCUCUCUUUCAAUGAAGUACUGCACAACUCUUUUUUCCCCCUUUUUUUAUAGUAGUGCACAACAUUAAUAGAUUAGAUUCUCUCACCUUUAGCUUUUGGAACAAUCAGUUGCAUGCAGACUUGAUAUAUAUAUUUACGAUGUCUAAUAACGAUUAUUUUUCGGCUAUAUAUGUACAGUCACAAGGCUUCAAAGGAUGAUAUCACCGUCUAUGCGGCCCUUUCAAAACAUCCACCAUCGCAAUAUGUGAACGUAUCUCGUUGGUACAACCACAUUGAGACUCUAUUGGGUAUCUCGUACGUUCCUCCACAUAUGGGUGAUAUCGGCUUACCAUUAAAUUAAAAUGCUUCUCAUUCCUUUAAAUGACUACUUUAUCCAUAAAAAAAAUUGUCUAAGUAGUGUUUUUAUUUGCAUGCAGAGGUAUCUCUUGUCAAGGGAGUGGUGUCAGUAUUGACGGACUGGUCUCUACCUCAGAACAUGCGGUUGCUGGUUCUAAUGUACUCUAUUGAUUGUUUAUUUGUCCAUAAGGGUUUCAUUUCAUGAAACCAUAAGUUUGGCUCUUAUAUAUAUGGUUCAUAUAUCAUAUGGUAGGAUGGUGUUGCGGUUGUUGAUAAUGAUAAAGAUGUUGAUCAAGAUGUUGACCUUAUCCGCGAAGAUACCCAAAAGGAAAAGAAAAGUGCUGAAGAGAGAGCAACUUCCACAAAGAAGAAAAUAUGAUUGUCAGACCAACAUGAAGAAGCUAGAGGAACGUCUAAGAACUAUUCAAAUGGAAGGACUGAUUUGGGGAGCAUCAAAACUUGUCCAUGUUGGAUAUGGAGUCGAGUUGUUGCGGAUCAUAGCCACCAUGCCUAGAAAUGAGAAAAUUGAUGUUUUCGACGUACUCGUCGGUGACUAUAUAUCUUUUUUAGGACGUUUCAAUGUUGCGACUGCGGGCUUGCAUCAAUCUCUAGUUCUUAUCAACCCAAAUGAUGAAGAGACCGACAUGAAGAAGCUAGAGGAAACUGUAAGAUCCAUUCAAGUGGCAGGGCUGUUUUGGGGAGCAUCAAAGCUUGUCUCAAUUGGCUAUGGAAUCAAGUUGUUGGGGAUUGAGUGCACAGCCGUUGGACACCUUGCUCAUCUUGGACGCAGAGUAGGUUUCAACACCAUUUUCAAAGAGAAAAUAAUGGAUCAUCCGUAUGUCCAGAGCUGUCAAACUCUCAGCUUAAACAUAAUAUGUAAUGGAAUCACAGAAGAGGAAUCUCAUUCUAAGGUGUUCUCUAUUGUUUGUUAUCUGUCCACAAAGGAUAAUGCGGCUGAUGAUGAUGAUCUUAACCUUUUUGGUGAAGAGAGCGCAGCUGGUAAGUCAGGGUUAGUGCUUCGAAAGCUGUUUGGUGACAAUCCCGACAUAAAGAAGACAGAAGAAACUGUAAGAUCCGGUCAGAUGGAAGGAGUAGUAUGGGGAGCAUCAAAGAUUUACAAUGUUGGCUAUGGAUUCAAGUAUAUGCGAACCAUAUUCACCAUUGUUGACGACCAGUUGUCUCUCGAUACUGUCACUAGAAACACUGGCGGUAUCCCCUUGAACAGAAUAUGUAAGCGUCAAAAACCAUUUUUAAACUCCUUGAAGUUGUUGAUGUGAAAGAUGAUAGGUUUUGUAUUAAACUUUGGCUUGAAAAAUAAUGCAGAGGAUCGAAAAAACCUUCAAGGGGAAGCUUUA